AAAUCCCCUUUCAACAAACCACAAUCUUCUUCAUCUUCUUCUCCAAUACGGAUCAAUAUGGGUGCAGGUCGUGCAGUUUCAAUCUCAUUAGACGGAGUGCGAGACAAGAACCUAAUGCAAUUGAAGAAACUCAACUCCGUUCUCUUUCCCGUUCGUUACAACGAUAAGUAUUACGCAGAUGUUCUUGCAUCCGGCGAAUUCACCAAGCUAGCAUAUUACAGUGAUAUUUGUGUGGGCUCAAUUGCAUGCCGACUCGAGAAGAAAGAAGGUGGAAGUGUUCGUGUAUACAUAAUGACAUUAGGUGUUUUGGCACCUUAUCGUGGCCUAGGUAUCGGUACAACGCUGUUAAACCAUGUUCUCGAUCUAUGCAGCAAGCAGAGCAUUGGUGAGAUUUACUUGCAUGUGCAAACAAACAAUGAAGACGCCAUCAGCUUUUACAAGAAAUUCGGUUUUGAAAUCACCGAAACGAUCCAGAAUUAUUACACAAACAUUACCCCACCAGACUGCUAUGUUGUUACAAAAUACAUCGACCCGCCUCAACCCAAGAAGUAAACGGAUCUCCUCACAAGUAGAAUCAUGAAUUGAGAUUUUGCGAAUUGGAAACGGAUUCUUGUUAUAAGAUUUUUGAGGAUGUUGAUCGCUAUAUCCAGUUUUUUUUUUUUUUUUUUUUUUUUUUUUUUUUUUUUUUUUUUUUUUUUUUUUGAGGCGCAUUUGCUCUUGAUCUUUGUUUGUUGAGACUAGUAUAUUAUCUAUCAUCUGUAAGAAUGGUAUCUAUUCAAAGUUA